AUGAAUAACAGAAAGACUCUGGGGAGGCCGGCGGGCUCCCUCAACGCCCCCAUCGCCGCUUUUACAAUGGCCGUCCUCCUCUGCUCCUACUGCAUCACCUCCAUCCGCUCCGCCCGUCGCGAGUCCCAGUCUACAAAUGCCUCUGCGUCGCAACGAGAAAGAGCCGAAGCAUGGCAGCAGCAGCGGCAACAGCUCUCCUGGGUGCACCGGACAUUGGAGGAGCAGCGUCAGGUGGAGCAGGGGAAGAAAGGCUGA